UAUAAUGAUUAACGGCAGUUCUGGCGUUGCAAAGAUUUUCCAACUUAAUGCUUCUCAUGUUCAUGACGUGGAAUAUGAGCCCGUUGAUUUAUUAUACGAUGGACGCAAGUACAGAGCUUUUAGUUUCCAACUUGAGUUGACUAUCGAACAAUCUUUAAUUUUUGCGAAAUAUAUCACUCCGGAAAGAUCCAAUAUCGUCAAUUCUUCAUAUUUUGGGAGCAAUUUUAAUAUUCACAGCAUUGCAAAACUUCUGUUUUUCACACAAGAUUUUAACGUGACAGUUACAGUGAGCAAAAAUUCACAUUUUUUAAAAGAAGGUACAACCUUUUCACUGACAGUAUUUAAGACAACCUCUCGUCGACUGGCGUGUAUUCGAAAGCAAUUCUAUCCCAAAGAUGCUUACAAAACAGCUGAAAAUGGUGAAGUCUACAUUAUCAACGCAACAGGUAAAACAUAUCCAAAGAAAGAGGUGUUUGUCGAACCUGACAACCAUACAAUUUCCGUGUGUGAAGAGAUUGUAUACUCUAACUGUGAUGGAAGAAGAGUUAAUCUUUCCUCAGACGACUUUGUAAUGUUUACAAAUUUGAGUAUACUUUGUACCUGCACACAAACGAUCUAUAAUUUUGGUGAAUACGAUGUAAGAGAUGGUGAAAUUUUCAUGUGCAUUUCUGAUAGUUUUACCAGAACUAUUCACUGGUCAGCUGAUUCUUCAACCCCAAUCGAAGAAUACUUGACUUUUUGCUGUCUUAUUAUUUCGAUGGUUUGUUUAUUUUUGGUGAUCUUCACUCAUUUAUUGUUUCCUGAGCUACAUAAUCUCGCUGGUAGAGACGUCACAAAUUUGUCCAUAUCGCUCUUUCUGGUUCAGUUGUUUUGGCUGUUACCAGUUAUUGACAGUCACGUGUUCUGUCGCGUGAUGGCUGCCCUGAAACAUUACUUAUUCCUCGUGUCCUUUGUCACUUUGGCAAUGAUUGCGUGGGACACCGAAAGGACGUUCGCCAACAAGAGAGUACCGAAAAAACGCUUAAAGAACGAAGAAAAUAAGAAGUUCGUCAAAUAUGUUGCAAUCACGUGGUCUCUGCCUGCUCUAUUUGUGAUCAUUUGUGUUGUGUUGGAUCGCACAGACAGUUUCGCUAUUUAUUAUAAUGACUUGAAAUGUUGGUUUGAUAAUGAGUUAGCUCAAAAGUAUCUCUUUGUGCUUCCAGUUGGCAUCCUUCUACUUUUCAACGUGGUAGUUUUUUCCCUCACUGUAUAUUAUAUACAACGUUCUAGUUCUGGUGCUUCUAUUAUUCACCAUGGGGAAGGACAUCAUCGAAAAAUGCUUUGGAUCUAUAUUAAAAUCUCAUCCUUAAUGGGUUUCAGUUGGUUAUUUGGUUUCCUCUACUUGGCCGUAGGUUCUCUUGCUAUCUCGUACCUGUUCGACAUCUUUGCUUCCUUGCAAGGUGUUUAUAUCGCUGUCGCUUUUGUGAUGAAGAAAACUAUCUUGCAGAAGUAUAAACAGCUUUUUCGACCAAAAAACGCGUACCAGGCAGACUAUCGCACGAUAUAUUGGCAGGAUUUUAUGAGCUGCAGGGAAACAAGACUUUGAAUAUGACUUAUAGACUCUUGCUUUUGAAUUACAAACAUGUUAGAUGUUGUUUAUUGUAAAUUGAUAUGUACUCAGUUUGUCGUUUGUUUUCUAUUCGGUCGUGACAUUAUAUUAAAUUGAAAGUCAGGAUUGAA